GGGGCGCCGUGGUGCGCAGGCGCGGAAGAGCCGGCAGCCGGCUUCUGGAGCCGCGGCUCCUUCCGUUUUCCCGGCGGGCCCCGCGCGGCGCCUGCGUGCUCGGUGACCUUUCCUUGUCUAGCGGGUUCUGCUGUGGCCUGUGGCCUUGGUCUUGCUGAGAUGAUUCAAAGCCUUAUUAAGAAUGUCUGGGUCCCCAUGAAACCCUACUAUACCCAGGUUUACCAGGAAAUUUGGAUGGGAAUGGGGUUAAUGAGCUACAUCGUUUAUAAAAUCAGGAAGGCCGAUAAAAGAAGUAAAGCUUUGAAAGGCUCCAGUCCUGCACCUGCCCAUGGCCAUCAUUAACUGCUCCCUGAGUCCACUCACGAUGAAUCCUGUCGGCUAAACUUAAGCAAGCUGUGUUAGGUGGGAACAUGGAACAUCGCUGUGCACUUACCUAAGUACCAUUUACAAUGUGGCAUUAAUAAAUGUAUGUGAGUAGUACGA